AUGAAAGAUCCUUUAACAAAUGCUGAAGAGUUUCAAAAUGAUGCCAAAAAUUGGCUUACUUUGUUUUUAACACCUUCCGAAGGCAUUCCAAACACUCAAGGAUUUAAAAAAGGCCUGUACCAACCCGAUAAUAUAACACCUUACAUUCAUGUAUUGGUCUAUCACAUCUCUGAAUUUAUAAUGAUUCAUCAGAAAUGGGGAUUAAAGUCGUUUUCCUGUAGUGGUGUUGAAAAAAAAAAUCAUGAGCAUGUAUCUUAUUUUUUUCGUAAGACAUUAAAAGAUGGUGGAAAAAAAAAUCUCAAUCAUCAGCAAUCAUUGAGAUUUUACAACACAAAAAUCGAACCCUCUUCUAUAAUCAUAACAACACCCCUUUAA